AUGGAUAGCAUGAGUGAGGCAUUUGAUCAAAUGCAAAUGGUCAAGGAUGUUCUAGCCAACAGUGAUAAAGUUUCAGAGGUCCUACAAGAGUCUACUCAUCAGUUCAACCUGCUUACUUCACCCACCUUCCUACCAAAGGUCAAGGAUCAAGGGAAAUUCACUCUCCCUUGCACACUUGGGCAUCUUGAGAUUGACAAUGCCUUAGUGGAUUCUGGAGCAAGCAUCAAUCUGAUCUCUCUCUCCAUGGCAGAGAAGCUAGGCAUUGCUGGAGCCUUGCAGCGCCCUACUACUUCAAUCAUGUUUGGAGAUGCAACUUCUAAGUCUCCUCUUGGAGUGUUCAAGAACUAUCACUUGAAAAUUGGAGAAUGCAUCAUCCAAACUGAUCUCACUGUGAUGGAAAUGGAAGAAGAGAAGGAUUUGCCUUGUUAUUGGGAACCCCUUUCCUUACCUAGAGGUUCAGACUUUUGUGCCACAAUUGACAGUACCAAUCUCAGUUCUAAGAGUCAUGGAGCUACAAAGGUUGUGAAGGAAAGGGUUGACAAAGAACCAAGAGUUGGGAAGGAUAAGGAUGAGAGAGGACCAAGGAUUGAGAAGCCACGUCUUGAGAGGGCUAGAGUUGAGAAACCACGAUCUGAUAGGCCAAGAGCUGAGACUUGUUCAAGCCCCUUGUGUGCUUGA